AUGUACACCCAGAUAUUCAAGGAAAUCAUCCUUGAUAUAGGACAUGGUAAACAGGCCAUUAAAGAAUUUACUUCAUACUGCCGACAAAAUAACUUCGGCUCACCAAUCAAUAUUGAUCGUUUUGAAAAAGAAUAUCAUGCUCAAUCAGCUAUUUGGUGGUAUACUUAUCCAUCAUUUAUCUUUUCUAUGCUCAAUUAUGCUCUUCGGUCUAUGGAAAGCGAUACCAUUAUUAAUAUGGGUUUUUUUAUUCAUGAUCUUCAUUUACAAAUUUAUCAACUACAUCAACAGCAGUUUGAUACUGAUCAUGCCAAAUCAUUCACAGUCUAUCGCGGGCAAGGUCUAUCUAAAGCAAACUUCCAAAAACUACAAAGAACAAACGGUUGUUUAAUGGGGGAAAUAUCAACUCGUAACGGUGGAUUUACCGCGCUUUCGUAA